AUGAACUUUCAAGCUAUUCAUCAAUCAUCCUCUUCCUCUACCUCAUCAGGAUCAUCAUCGGAAAAGAAAAGAGGUGGUAGAAGAGAAAUGGGAGAAACAGAAAAAGUUUCCCGAGCACUUUCUAAAUUAUUGAGACAUAAAGCCGAUAAAACUAAAGGAAUUAAUUUGAGAGCUGAUGGAUAUGUUCUCAUUCGUGAAAUUCUUGCAUUGAAGGAUUUUAAAGGAGUCACUCAACAAAUGAUUGAAGAAUGUGUAAAGAAUAAUGAUAAACAAAGAUUUAACAUGACACAAGAUGCCACCACAGGAGAAUAUAUUAUUAGAGCUAAUCAAGGACAUACCAUUGCUGUUGAAGUGGAAAUGGAAGAAAUUGAUUCACCAUCUAAAUUGGGAGAAUAUGCCAAUACAGUCAUGCAUGGAACUUAUCAUGAUGCCUAUGAUAAAAUUGUGCAAUCUGGUGGCCUAUCAAGAAUGUCAAGACAACACAUUCACUUUGCAAUUGGAGAACCAGAGGAAGGUCACGUUAUUUCUGGUAUGAGAAAGAGUGCAGAAGUUUGUUUCUUUUUAGAUGUACAAAAGACCAUUGAUGAAGGUAUUAAAUUACUCAAAUCAUCCAAUGGAGUUAUCCUCUCACCAGGUAAUGAUAAGGGACUCAUUCCAAUGCAUUGUUUCUCUCAAAUUAUCGAUAGAAAGACAAGAAAAGUACUCUACACUAACAAACCAUAA